CACGCCUAUCCGAAGUCAAGCUCGCCGUAGCUCCAUCUCUCGCUCUCCCAUCCGAUUUCCGCCUCCACUACACCCACAAUGGCUGAAGCUCCCGUCACUCGCACUCCCCCGAGCGCCAUUUCCCGGCCCCUCAGCGAGUCGCUACUCAACGAGAAGUGGGACCGCUGCCUCUCCAACCUCCUCGUCAAGUCGACCCUCGGCCUUGGAUUCGGUGUUGUUUUCUCUGUCCUUUUGUUCAAGCGAAGGGCGUGGCCCGCAUUUGUCGGCGUCGGAUUCGGUGCUGGACGAGCCUACGAGGAGUGCAACUUCAGCCUCAAGCAGGCUGCGCGAGACCUGAAGAGACAGGCAUAAAUUGGAUUAUUGAAGGGUGGCGGAUAUGACGGGGACAAGGAAGACUUUCGCUGUAUGAACAACGGUAUGCAGGAUGGCGAAGAGUUAGAAGGCGAAACAACGAGGCUGCGCCGCAGGCCUCCAGAUGAGCCAGUGUCAGAGUAGGACGAUUCUCAGAUUCAAUAGAGGUAUCAUGUACAACA